AUGGCUAUGGGCUCCAUUUGCGACUUUGAAGAAGUCGAUCGAAUGGCAAAGUCCCAUCGGACUAUGACGCAGUCGUCUUACAGAGCAUUCCCCAUGCCUCCCGGCUCCUUCACCUCCUCCGAGGGCCCUUUCGGUGGCCAAGAUGUCCAUCGUUAUUUACAUGAUUAUCCUGGCUCUUAUUCCUCCGCCGAUGCGACAAGUUUAACGAGCUGGGACCAUGUCACCCAACAAGACUCGGGAUUGUUAGACCCAGAGCCUGUUCAAUCUACCGUCCCUAUUGGACGGGACGAUAGCUGUUUGCACGACAUCGAACUGAGAUUUGAAUUCCAGGACGACGAUAUUCCCCAAAACCUGGAUCUGCAUCUUGGAGGGGAGAACGAUACUACCCAGCCUCUACCAAAUUUCGCUGGUCACCAGCCAAGCGUUGAUCGCACCUUGCUGGGAAUAACAAACUCGACACCUUUAUCUUUGCAGCCGUCGUAUCAUGACCACAUGAACCAACAGGUGGAUCUCAAAGCUGCCGAUGUGGAGGCUACUCGAGUGAAAGUUCCUUCUCCGGUUUUCUGUCCGCUUUGCCCUGAGAAUAUCGAAUCCUGGGACUUAUUAUUUAAGCACCUCAAGCGUCACUGCCUGGUGGGUUCUGGGUCUGUUGGUGGCUCUGACGAAGGCGAUCGACCCCGUCGCGGUGUUAACGAUAACGGUGAUGGUAAUGAUGGAAACGCGAAUGGCCCUUCCUCUGGCAGACCGAACAAUGCCUGGGGAGCACCUAGUCAUCACCAGGGAGAAAUUACUCCCAUCGAGGAAUUUUCAAUGGACGACUUGUUCAACCCCCCCUUUGAUCCCAGUUUCCAUUUUGCCGGGGGUCUAAACCGGCAGCCCAGUCAUGCGCCGCCCCCACAUAAUCCAGGAUUGUCACAACUCGAUCAGUUGAAGCGCAAGCGUCAGAACAAGGAAAAAAGCCAAGUGACCAGCAACCUUCUACUUCAAGGAAAUGCAAGCGGUGCAACCAUGAUUUGGGCAAAUGUGGACACUGCAGCCACUUCACGGAGUCUCUCUUCUUCCGGAAUGCCAAUACAGACUCGGCAAGAUCCAUCAUCAUCCACUCUAGUUACACUGGAUCCGUCUUACCUUGGCCCGAGUGCACAGGGAGGAGAUUUCGAGUUGUUCCAACCUAUGCCAACCCAACAGCUUUAUUAUCCUGAUGGGGCUAUGCAAUACACCGGGCUUCAAACACAGCGACGUUCAUUUGAUAGUGCGACAGACACGUUCAUUGACGAGCUCUCCCCGGCACAUUCAUUCGUCAACGUUGCAAUAGUCGUCGAAGACCACAGGCCUCUCUAUGAUAUCCAAAACAAGGCCCAGCAGUCACCCGUCUUUAACUGCGACCUGAAGUUGCUCAGCAAGAUUGGUUUGGGUCCAAUUAUCGAGCCGUUCUCCCCCAAAAGACAAAUCGAGCAAUCGAAGAAACGAGCUUCACUUGCUCUUGCUCCUGGGACGAACAUAGACUUUGUUUUAAGAGACGCUCCACCUUCAUCCACGCCCCGAAUCCCUAGUCCUGUGUCUCAAUGCAAAUGUUCUUGCGUUACAAUGCCUGUCGUAAGGUAUAACGCCCAGGCACGCGCCCGGCUCUCACCCCUCGAGCUCGUCGAGAUGACAUUCAAGAUGUCUCCGAUAACUCGCGAGUCCGGCCAUCCCCUCCGCACUCGAGUGCAGGUAGUUGUCAAGCUUCUCAGGCUCCGCUCAUCUGUAUCCACAUCACGCAAAAAGAAGACGCAGAGGAAUCUGUACAUCACAUCCGAACCCAAUUCAGAAGCUGACGCGGAGCCUGAUACCGACUCCGACCAUGACCCUUCUACAUCACCCUCCGGUGAUGAACUUGCUCAAGUCAUAUCAUGGACCGAGGUUGUUGAAGAUUGGUCCUUUGAGUUUGAUCUCAAGGGAGCUUUGUUAAAGCUGGCCCGGUGGACAAGCAACGAAAAUGCCGAUACGUGCUCAAAACUAUUCCUUUCCGACCCUGGCUACAUACUAGACUUGAUCUCGAUGUAUAUCAUGUACAGGUUCAAAUUAUGUUGGAUGCUGGGUCGCACUGGGCUCAAUCUGUUUAUGAGUAUCUAA